GCGUAGUCACAGACGGCACACUGAGCCUACGGCGAGCGGCCGCGCGGCCAAGGAGGCUGGGCCGGGGAUGCCAGGGGGCCGGCGGGGGCGCAGGUGCUGAGGGCCAUGGCUGAGGCCGUCACCUACGCGGACCUGCGCUUUGUGAAGGCGCCGCUGCAGAAAAGCCUCUCGGGCCGGCUAGGGCCGGAGGCGGGGGCCUACGAGGACGGCGACGCGGACGGGGAGCUCACCUACGAGAACGUGCAAGUGCCCACAGCCCCAGGCGGGGCGGGCGGGGCUUCCUCGGGGCGAGGGGACCAAACAGCGGCCUGCUCCUCGCCUGCCUCCUGCUGGGGGUGGCCACCGUGUGCCUGGGAGUGCGCUAUCUGCAGGUUUCUCAGCAGCUCCAGCGCACGAACAGGGUUCUGGAAGCCACGAACAGCAGCCUGUGGCAGCAGCUCCGCCAGAAAGUGUCUCAGCUGGGGCAGAAGGAAGGGGACCUGCAGGAGUCCAGGGAAGAGCUGGCUCGGAGUCAGGACGCGCACCGGGAGGAGCAGCGGGCGCACCAGGCUGCCAAGGAGCAGCUACACACCUGCCAGCUGGACGGGGAGAAGACCAAGGACACCCUGCAAAGGCAGGAGGAGCAGAGGGAGGCCUUGGAGCGCAGACUGGGCGCCGUGCGGGACACACUGAAGCCCUUCUUCAAGUGCCCCUCGGAAGAUGCCUGCUGUCUGAUGGGGUGGACGCUGCACCAGAAACGCUGCUUUUACUUCUCGCCUACUGAGAAGACCUGGGAGGGGAGCAGAAAUCACUGCACAUCUCUGUCCUCCAAGCUGGCCACCUUCAGUCAGACUUCUCAGUAUUACAGCCGUACAGACAAGUGCCAGCCCUGCUGGUGGAAGAGACUGGCUCCUUGGGACCACAACAGUCCACAGAAUGACUCCCCUCCAGGGAUGGCAGAAAUUCUUACCCAUCAGUAUCUCCCCAGAAGCCUCAGUGAAUUGUUGUCAGGCGGUGGCUCCGACUCAUAUUGGGUUGGCUCCAGCUCUCAUAGGGUGUCGAGGAGGACUUGGUCGACUGAUGAUUCAUCCUCUUGGUAUUAUUAUCAAUUCCCAAACUGUGCCAAGGUACAAAAAGAUUGGUCAUACUGGAAGUCAGAGAAAUGUACAGAUUCUCUUCGGUACAUCUGUGAACUAGAAGCUUUCAAGUUUCCAGACAGGGACCACUCUUUGCAUUGAGCUGGAACUCAUGCCGAGCUUGUGGCUGUCACCCCUACCUGUGGCGCAUUACUCCUAGCGUCAUCGUUCCCAGCCUCCCUUCGUUCUAGGCAGUGCCCAGCCAAGCGCUGAUCUACCCCAACAUGUCUAGCCAGCCUGCAGCCUGCUUGAAACCCUGUCUCGGAACCCAGACUGUUCCUGGGAAGAGGGUGAAGAAGUCUCUGGGAAAGACUCUGGCCUCCCUCAGGAACCUCCUAUAGUGGAAGUGGGUGGGGAGGAGGGUGCACGGGCUGAGUAGACGGGGCGGCCCGGAGCCAGCCAGGCAGUUUUAUUGAAAUAUCUUUAAAUAA